GUGCAGAGAGGAGAACCCCACAAGCAGCAUGAGGUUCCCUUCAUUGGUGGCUCCAAUAUUGCACUUUCCUCUCCCAACUGGUCUCCACGCUGUUCCUAGCACCAUAAAGACUUCAACUCUUUCUCCUAAGGAAUUUUCUGGCAAUUGUCCAUUGCUAAGCACAUGACUUCAUGAGUGUUCCCCUAAUACACACGCAUGUUGUAACCUACCAUGCAGACUAUUACUUGAUGUGAUUUAAAGCACCUGUAAUAAUGAGACAGGAGAACUUUUGACUGCAUAUUCAAGCUGGUGUGAAAUCUCAGGAAGUUUUAAUGGCUAACAUUGGUGAAUGAGGACAAUUUGAGUUAGGAUGAGACAUUUUUGGGCAAGAUAUGGAAGGAAACAUUCAUUUAGAUGCAUAGGAAUUACUAAGGUUUUUCUAAUCAAGCCUUGAGGAAAAUUUGGCUUUGGAAGCAGGAGAUGCUCAGUGGCUCUGCCCAGGAAAGUCUCCUGGAAAGGGCACCUCUGCUUAUGCUCAAUACAGGGAGAUCAUUAGCAGGGAGGCAAAGUCUGCUCCCCAUGACAUCUGCUGUCCCUUCUUGGACAUUCUAUUGUCUCCUAGAGAGUUCUGGCAUCCUCUGUGAUGUCACCAGUGUUGUAGUGACAACCAGUACCCUAGUUUCUCUCAGUCUGAGUCUGGCAGUUACAAGCUAAGACAUGUUUUCCCGUCUUCGCAAGCGUUUUGGGAGGGGGAACGUCGAUUGUGGAGAGACUAGAGUGAAGGAGUCUGGCCUUUAUCUCAAAGUAAUGAUGGACAAAGACAGCACUUCUGGGGAAUGUGGAGUAAGUUCUGGGCAGUGUAUUUUGAGGUUCCUGUCAGGGUGGCUGCAGGCUUAAGCUGACCUUUCUAGCAAUGGGCCACAAAAACUGGAGCAUCUGCAAAGGAAUUGAAUUUCCAUGAAUAUCACAAUAUUUGAAAGUCAAGGAUUUCAGAACUUUAGUUUCCCCAUCCCCACAGGGAGGAUAUGGUAAGGCCAAUGCUAUUAUACUGUGAAUUUCUGGCCUUUCCUUUUACAGUGCAUUUGUUAUGUUACAUUGAUGUAAUAACACCAUCAGGAGUCAUGGAGGGUCCACCUUUUCUGAGUUUAGACAGGGCAGCAAUGUAUUUCACUAUCAUUGCUUCUUUAAAUACAGUGGAUAUCUGACAGAAUAACAGGGAGAGGAUUGUGCUCCAGGCAAUAACCUUAUGUUCUUAGACCUCCCCUGAUUUCUUCUAACUUGCAGGAUCAUUGUUAGCUUUAUAUAUUAGAGGUUGUGUGUUACAAACAUUUUUCUAAAAUACCAAAACUGUUUGGAACAUGUGGACCAAGAUUCAGCCUGUAACCUAUUGGAACUUCUGGGGCAUUUUUAUUUCAUAUAGGGGCAUUGAUAAGUCUGUUGAACAUGUCCUUCCUGGAAAUGUGUUUUAAAUCCAAAGUUGUUGGCCUAGAGUAUCAGGGUAGGACAUCUGAGUGUCUCCAAUCACUCAAGUUUUGUGGAUGGUGAAUUUAUGGUGAGUUCUGAAACCACAGCAGUGAGGGUCCUGAAAUAAAGCUGUACCCUGUUCAGUUGAUAAUAAUCCUGCAGAAGCCAUCUCCGUGGUACAUGUAAACACGUGAUAUCAGGCAUAGGGAACACCUGGCUGCUUACAUCUCUUGGUCUCUAUAGAGUAGUGGGAGAACUGAGAUCCCCUGAGGAGGUCUCUUAAGCAUAGGCCAAUCGCCUAGCAAUGACACUGGGUUCUAGGCUUGUUCUCCUGUUUAGGCCUCACUGUGGUCUAUGUACACUCUAUGCAUUCUCCCCAUGCAUGUUCACUUGUGCUCUUCUACCUACGGACGCUGGGAGAGAAACAUCAUCACCUGAAACUGCCCUAAGCAAGAAGCAGGCCAAGAAGGAAAAGGAGAGGCUGAUUAAAGAGCUGCAGCUCAUUACCGAGGAGAGAAAUGACCUGAGAGAUCACCUGAGGUUUCUGACAGAGAGAUCUAUGAAAAACAGGCCACACUUCAGGCCAAAUCCAUAUUAUGAAGACCUGGAGAGAAUGGAGGAGGCGGUCAUGUCAAUUCUGCACAACUUAGAGAUGGAGAACACUGAGAUCCAUGAGAACAACCAUAGGCUGAAGAAGGAGAUUACCUUCUCUAGAAACCUGCUCAGCCAGCUCCUGAUGGAGAACACAUGUAGGAAGAAGUUGGUCCCACUGAAGCAGGGGAGCAAGGAGGGACAUCUUGAGUGUGCACUGAACCAGACAUAUUUGGUUGACUUCAACACGAAAGAUAAAGACCAGCAACGUCCAGACCCAGCAUCAUCAGGUCUCAGAAAGUGCAAGAGAGCUGGAAUUGGACACACACCAGUAAGAGAGCUUCCUGAGGAAUAAGUUGCUUUCUCAGGAGUCCCUGAUGACAAACAUCCUGAAUGAAAACACCACUUGAGAGUCAACUUGGGAGACCGCCUUUCAGUAUGUGUGCAAGAGGAGAAACAGCAAUACAUCUGUGCUUCUAAAUGUUCGUUAAGAAUGUGCUGUUUAGAAAUAUUUUUGUUGUGAUUUUAAUUGAAGUUUUUUUUGUUGUUUCAUAUUUAUACGUUCUUGUUACUAUUUUUCACUUUUCAAAUAUUUUUAAAUAUUUUAAUUUAUUCAUUUUAAUCCUGUUUUGUUGUAAAAAUGAAUUUCUUAUGAAUAAAAAUUGAAUUCUA